AUGGACAAGGUCGACAUCCUGACGGCAUCCCGGGUGGAGCCUCUCUCCCAGCACCACCAUGCCACGAUGAUAAGUCGGGUUGGCCCAACGCUCGCCUACGCCGUGCACCUCCAAGACAUCAUCGGCUCCCUCUCCGCCAUUCUCUGCUGGCGCGCCUAUCUCCUGAGCAGCAUCUCCCUCGCUCAGACCUACUCCGCCAUUCGCUUCCUCGCCUUGCACCUUGUCGUCGCCACCAAGCUCGGGGCCUUUUACGGCGCCGCCGCGUCGGUCCGCGCCGCCACGACCGUCUGGGACAUGAAGACAACACGCAUGCUGCGCGACAAGCUCUUUUACGAGUUUGCCCUCUUUGUUCUCGGCGCCGGCAACGGCCUCUUCCUGCUGGUCCUCUGGCCUGGCUGGAUCGUCAUUGGCGGCACGUCGUUUGUGCUCUGGCAGAUUUGUGGGUGA